AUGAUAAAAUUCGUGAUGACUUCUUUUACCUAGAAUAAUAAGCAUCAAAUGUUCUAUAAAACAAAGAAAUAAUAAAAUUGUACAAGGAACAAUACCUUAAGUAUAUAUAAGUUAAAUAAAUCCUCAAUGAAUAUUUUAGUAACAAAGAUUUGUGUUGCUGAUCUCUUAAAUCUAAAAUUAAAGUAACAAGCAACAGCUAUAAAAAAAAUAAUAACAUAAAUAUAGAUAUAAAAACAAAUUAACAAAUAAAUGAAUCAAGUAGAAAUAUCUAAAAAAUACUUUAGUAGACUUGGUCAUACCAUUUCAAAAAUCUCCAGAAGUUUUUUUGUUCCAAAAAUUGUGGCAUAAUCGAUUAACCUAAAUUGA